CUCCACCCACUCCAUCUUAAAUUAAACCCUCUUACCAUUUGGUUUUCUAGAGAUUUAUUUAUAUCUCUCCAUUUCUUGCUUCAAUCCACUCUCGCUACAUCAAAACUCUUUAGCCAUGUUGGGCAACAGACCCCGUCCGGUCAUUGGAAAGUUAUCGGCUUUAUUGGUUUCCGGCAACCGUGCUGCCGGGUUUUUGGAUAUGGGUUCGAGUCCAAGGGGCCCAUUAGACUUAAAAAUUCAAUCACCAAGAGGUCUAAAAUGUUAUGAUGUAGGUGGGGUUGGAUUGGGAAUUGUUGCGGCUCUAGAGAAGUGCAGUAGUAGUAGUAGUAGUAGUGAUGGGGGUCGUGAGAUUUUGGCUAAAUUUGCUGUGUGUAGUCCUACAAGCUUCAGUAAAUCGAGUCCAAUUCCGGUUAGUUCCGGUAGAAAUUGUGAUAGAUGUGAGAUGGAGAGCUUGGAGGAUUAUACUUAUGUGACUUGUCAUGGACCGAACAAGUCCUUCACCAAGGUUUAUUACGACGGAGAUGAACGUAAAAUAAGCAGUGGAGAUGAUAGAAUAAUUAAGGAAUCGCCGGCGAGAGUUGUUGUGGAAGAGACAUCAGUUUAUCCCACUUCAGAGUUUAUGAGUUCAUGUAACUUGUGCAGAAAAAAACUCCAUGGCAAAGACAUAUACAUGUACAGAGGGGAAAAGGCAUUUUGUAGCACAGAGUGUCGAUCAAGGCAAAUAAUGAUGGAUGAGAGAAAAGAACAUUGCAGAUCGGAGGUUUCAAGGUCUGCGGAUAUGUCAAGUUCACCUUACACAAGAGAUCACAUCUUCUUAACGGGAAUUCUUGCAAUUUAAAAUCUUUACACUAUAAGUUUUGGCAGCAAGGCAAUCAACUUAAUUAUAUAAGAAGCAAUACUAUUAUAUAUAUUACUAUAUAUAUGAGAAUUACUCGGCUCUAAUUUUAACCAAAACAAGAGCAAGAACAAGAACAAUUCCUGUCCCAGUUGCAGCAGUAAAGUUUAUGUUGUAAUGAGAUAAUAAAGUUUGAUAUGAGUUAAGAGUUUUUCUUAUCUUCUUUCUGGUGAUUAAUCAAUGGGCAGUAUAUGGCUUAAAGAAGAGACAAUAACAAAUUGUUUCUGGAAACCAUUAGUUACUAAAAAAAGCUUUCUUCUCCUUUU